CUUAUUAUCAAACGUUACAAAAAUGUUUGUUUAUAAGCUUGCAACAAAAUAAAUGUUACAAAAAUGAAGAAGACAAUCUAGUUACAACUGUAAAAGAUGAUAAUAUAACUAUUGGUGAUAAAAUUUCUAUCAAAAGAAAUGCUGACAUACCUAGCAUUACUCCGAUUAAAUUAAAACCUGCUGAAACAAACAAUUUUAUUGAUGUAGCAAAAGCUAAAAUAUUACAACCAGUAUCCAUAAAAAAACUGCCAACUGCAAAUGUUAAAAAUAUUAAACCUAUGUCAUUACUUAAUAGUAGUUCUAAGUCUGUUAUUAGCAAUUCGAAUUCUAGCAGAAGUUUACUAAAAAAGAACUCUACUCAAUCAUUAUUAAAAAGCAAUCAUCUUCUAGAAACAACUAGUGUUUGUGUAAAUAUACAAAAUCCAAAAAAAAUUAAACUCAAAUCAAUACUGUGCAAUAAUUUGCCUCAAAAAAAUAGUCUGUUGUCCAAAUCAGAUGAGGAUCCAAAAAUUUUAAUUGUAAGAAAAGGCAAUUCAGUUUUAACAACUCCUUUGAUGUUGCAAAAACCUAGAAUUAAGUUAUCACCAGAACGAAAACUUCUUGGAUUUAAAAAGAAUUGUGAUGAUUUAAAUAAAUUGCACAUAGACAAGAAGCACAAAUAUGAAACAUUUGAGAAUGAUGUAGUUGUUUUCAAAAGAGUAUUGAAACAACUAGAUAUAACUUAUAUUAUAGGAUAUGCAUUAAGAAAAGUUCCACUUUACAUAGAACCCAAUCGCUUUUCAGGAAUAUUUUUUGAUGUGCCAACACGUCAAGAGUUUAAAAAUUAUUCACUUAUUAAACAAGCAUUUUUAGAGAUCAAACGAGCAAAGUGUAUAUAUUCAUUCCUUAGAGACCUGUAUGUGACAGUACCGGAAGGAUGGAAUUAUGUAAAUAUCUUGCAAUUUUCUAGAGAACAUGGUUUUCUGCCCAAAGAGCACAAAUAUUGGAAAAAUAUUAAUAUGGUUCUGGAAAAUAAUUUGAAAUCUAAAAAUAAUGAAAUUGGUGCUGACAGUAAGCAGAAUAAAAACAAAGUGUCGAUGAUUUCAUAUUCCAAUUCAAAAAAUUUAAUUGAUUAUUUUGAUGAAAAGCUGAAAUCAAUACCAAAAGAUAUAUAUGAUACUAACGAUAUUAUUGACAUUGAAGCAAUUUCAAAUGCUACGAGAUAUACUCCGAAAGAUGUUACCACCAGUAACCAUUUUCUGCUACCUGUGUUAUACGGAAAUGUGGGAGAGUGUGAACUAAUUUCUAGUGCAGCAAGAAUGUUAGGAAUAUCAUUUGAACCAGAACAAUUAUUAAAUGGUAUUAAUCAUCCAAGUGCAUUAGAAGUUUUGUGCAGCGUGUUAAAAUGUUUUGUAUCAGAUGUUGUUAGGAAAUCAUUAGGAAUUUGUCGGUAUCAAAAUGAUGAAGAAAUUCUACCAGAGCAUAUAUUUGCAACACUUCUGUCGAGGCCUGAAUUUGAUAUGCUCACAAAUAAAAAUCUAGGAUCAAAGCAGACAGAUCUAGAAAUAGAGCAAAAAUAAAUAGCACGACCUCUUAGCCAAAAACAAAGAUGAUUCUCAGAUUUUCUCAGAUAUUUAACAAAGGGUUUCUU